CGCCACAAUUUUCCUUUUUAUACAGUAUGUCUAGUUCAAGAGAAGACAGAGGAUAUCAGCAGUGUAUGCAUGUUUUUGAAUGAUUUUUUUUAUAAAACAUAUCCAUCUUCAUUAUUCUUUUUGCCUGACAUUGUUUAUAUAAAGAUGACGAUACUGGAUACCAUCGUGGUUAUGGAGGAAGAAGUGAUAAUCGAUACAGACCUACCGUUAAUGAAAAUGGUAUGCAGACCAUUGAAGACACUGUCUAUAUUACCAAUUUGCCUCAAGAUGUGACAGAAGAGAAAUUAGCUGCUCAUUUUGGUUCGAUUGGUAUCAUCAAAACAGACAAAAAGUUAAGAAAACCCAAGAUCUGGAUCUAUCUGGACAAGGCAACCAAUAUGCCUAAAGGUGAUGCUACCUUGACUUAUGAUGAUCCACCUUCUGCUGAUGCUGCUAUUGAGUGGUUUGGAGGUAAAGAAUUUAUGGGCAAUAUUAUUCAAGUAUCCAAGGCAGAAAGAAAGAUCAAUAUGCCAGCUGAACGAGGUAACCAUGGUUACCGUAGCAACAACAACAACAACAACAGCAACAACAGCAGCAACA